AUGUGGAUUACAUUUCUUUUCGCAAUGGGGAAACGCUAUUUCAACCACUCUUUUAAGAACAAGCCAGUAGCUACGGUUGCUCCCACAACCAAUUUACCGCAAUUAAUUGAACCUGUUCAUCUGGUGAAUGCUCUAAACAAACAACAGAGCAAUAAAAAUGAAAAAUUCGAACAAAGCAACAAUAAUAAUGUUCAGUCCCAACUUCCUCACCUCCAAAAUAAUGCUCAACUCACUCGAUCGCCGGCUUCGAUGGACACAGAAAACAAUUGCAAUAUUCAUGUGAAUGGCAAAUGCCCACAGGACCAAUAUGGUAACCAUCUUCCUCUCACUCCAUCCGACGCCCUUAAUUUAUACAAAGACCGACUCUCAACCUACGAACAUUCAGAAAUCCUGGAAUAUCAGGAAGUGUGGUAUUUGGGGCUGGAUGCGAAAAAGUUGGAUGCCUUUCCUGGCAAAUCAAGUAACAAUGGUUACGAUGAUGAGAAUGGAUCUUACCUUAAGAUUUUGGGGGACCACCUUGCCUACAGAUAUGAAAUCAUCGAAGUGUUGGGUAAAGGAUCCUUUGGCCAAGUGGUCAAAGCUUUUGACCAUCGAACGAAUGAAGAAAUUGCAAUAAAAAUCAUCCGAAAUAAGAAAAGGUUCCACCAACAAGCUCACGUGGAAGUGAAGAUCCUGGAAGCUUUGCUGAAGAGAGAUAAGGAUAAUCGUCAUAAUCUCAUUCAUAUUGGAGAACAUUUUAUUUUUCGUAACCAUUUGUGCAUUACUUUUGAAUUAAUGGGAAUGAAUCUUUACCAGUUGAUUAAAAGAAAUAAUUUCCAAGGUUUUAGUGCCGGGCUUAUCCGAAAGUUCGCCAUGGCGCUUCUUCAGUGUCUGAAGCUGUUGUACAAAGAGAAGAUAAUUCACUGUGAUCUCAAGCCAGAAAAUAUUCUUCUACGGCAACGUGGACAGAACUCGAUUAAAGUCAUUGAUUUCGGAUCCAGUUGUUACGAGAACCAACGCGGUAGCGACUCUUCUGAUGACAAUUCAGUUUACACAUAUAUUCAAAGUCGCUUUUACCGCUCACCGGAGGUUAUUCUCGGCGUUCCGUACACAACGCAAAUUGACAUGUGGAGCUUAGGAUGCAUCCUAGCCGAAUUGUACACGGGUUAUCCGCUUUUUCCUGGCGAAAACGAAGUGGAACAGUUAGCAUGCAUUAUGGAAAUAUUUGGUCUACCACCGGAAAACUUGCUCAAUAAAGCGACUCGAAAAAGACUCUUUUUUGGUAUGUAUUUUAUGCAUUUAUUUUAUAUCAUCUAUUCAUUCACAUAUUUUCUGUUAUAA